UUCACGUGCGCGCCCGUUUGUCAUGGCGGCCUUUCGGAAGCCAGUUCUCUUAGGGCUUCGAGACGUGGCAGUGCACGGCAACCCCACAGGGCCGAGCUCUUGGACUGCUAGCAAGUUGGGCGGCGUUCCGCGUGUUGUCCCCCCUGCUCAGGACGUCCUCCCUGGUGUAGCUGCGCCGAGCCCCGAGUGUGGACGCUGCAGGCAGCCGCUCGCCCUGGUCGUGCAGGUGUACUGCCCGCUAGAAGGCUCCCCCUUUCACCGGCAGCUGCACGUGUUCGCCUGCGCCGGCCCUAAGUGCGGCGACCGCGGGGCGCGCAGCUGGAGGGUGUUCCGCUCCCAGUGUCUGGAGGUGCGAGAGAAGACGGCACCGGACGCUCAGAACCAGGAAAAUGACCUUGCCACAGAGAAUUGGUGUGAAGGUGCAGAUGACUGGGGAAGUGACAGUGAGGAGGUGCCUCCACCACACCUUACUUUGGGUUUUGGAAAUGACUCUAACAGUGCCAAAGAUGUAGACUGUACUGCCCAGCUCCAAGGCCUCCAUCUGCAGGACACCUUCCUGUCUGCUGCUCUUCCUCCACCUCUAGGGAAAGGCGUGACUGCUUCUCCUGUGGUGGUGCAGUUCCUGCCCUACUACAUCUGUGUAGUAAAUGAGGAGGACUACAGAGACUUUGCUAGUCUGGAUCAUGCCCACACCCUUCUGAAGGACUACCAACAAAGAGAAGGAGUUGAUAUGGAGCAGUUGCUUGCUGAGAGUUUUUCAAGUGAUGGUGGUGAAAAGUAUGAGAAGACCAAGGUUAAAAGUGGAGAUCAGAUGUUUUACAAAUUCAUGAAGAGAAUUGCUGUUUGUCAAGAGCAGAUUUUAAGGUAUUCCUGGAACGGAGAGCCACUCUUUCUCACCUGUGCUACCCCGGAAGUCUCUGCGAUUCCAGACUGCGGUCACUGUGGUGGCCAAAGGACAUUUGAAUUUCAGCUUAUGCCAGCACUGGUCAGCAUGCUCAGAAGUGCUAAUUCAGAUCUUUUGGUGGAGUUUGGAACAAUUCUAGUUUACACAUGUGAGAAGAGUUGCUGGCCUCAAAAUUGUCAGACUCCAAUGGAAGAAUACUGCAUUAUACAAGAAGAUCCAGAUGAGUUACUAUUUCAGUAGAGUAUUCCCUUUUAUUAUGCAAAU